CAGAGCGAGCGCUGGGGCUCGUGCUUGUAUAGUCUGCGCUCGCGCCCUCAGUCGCGGCUGUUCGCGGCGUUUCCACCUCAGUCUUUCCUGGAACACCUCCCCGCGGACAACCGACGGUGGCUCCUCCGCAGGAUGCAGCAGGCGGGAUCGGCCCUCUGAGAUGCCACUGAGUGACCAGAAUGAGCUACAGGAGGAAGUCCAGCCGGUGAGGCAAAUGAGCUGUACGCCAGCGCCCGACAACCAAAGCAGCUAGGACGACUACGGAGCCAUGCCUCCCCUGCUGUCCUGAUCCUCCCCCAGUCCUCCUCCCCACCUCCUCUUCCUCCGCUCCCCUUGGUUAAAUCAGUCACAUCAAUCCGUCCCGCUCCCUGGACGCUCAGCAUGGCGUCGGUCUUCCUGUGGAAGCUGUCGUCACAGAAGCUGGGCUUAUUCCUAGUCAGCUUCGGGUUCAUCUGGGGCAUGAUGCUGCUGCACUUCACCAUCCAGCAGCGGGCCAGCCACGAGAGCAGCGCCGUGCUGCGGCAGCAGAUUCUGGACCUCAGCAAGCGCUACAUCAAAGCGCUGGCAGAGGAGAACCAAAGCGUCAUGGAUGGUCCAUACGUUGGGACCAUGACGGCCUAUGAUUUGAAGAAGACCCUGGCUGUGCUGCUGGAUAAUAUCAUGCUGAGGCUGGGCAGACUGGAGUCCAAGGUGGACAACAUUUUCAACGGCACAGGGGGCAACCUGACCAACGGCACAAGCACGGCCACUCCGGGAUCCUCCAACGCAGAAAAGGUCAAUGUGGCUGACCUCCUCACCGGCGCCCAGGAGAGGUGUGAGCUGCCUCCUUUGGACGGUUUCCCGCACUGCGAGAGCAAGCUCAAGUGGAUGAAGGAGAUGUGGCGUUCAGAUGCCUGCUAUUCCAACUACGGCGUGGACGGGUCCACCUGCUCCUUCUUCAUUUACCUCAGCGAGGUGGAGAACUGGUGUCCUCGGCUCCUUUGGAGGACCAAAAUCCUGGCCGAUGAAGCUGACCAAAGAGGGCAGGCGGAGAUCCGGACCAGCUUUGAGAGCCUCUACCGCUCCAUGUCGCAGCGGGAGGAGUUCCGCUGGAUGAUGCUGAGGAUCAAACGCAUGGCCGAGCCGUGGGUGAGCGCCAUCCGCUCUCUGGCUUCCAAGCAGAACCUGGCUAAACGGCGGCGAAAGAAGAUCCUGGUUCACUUGGGUCUGCUCACCAAAGAGUCUGGCUUCAAGAUUGCAGAGAACGCUUUCAGCGGAGGUCCGUUGGGAGAGCUGGUGCAGUGGAGCGACCUCAUCACCACGCUGUACCUGCUGGGUCACGACGUUCGCAUCUCCGCAUCGCUGGCUGAGCUCAAAGAGAUUAUGCGUAAAGUUAUGGGGAACAAAUCCAGCUGCCCCACUCAAGGGGAUAGAGUGGUGGAGCUAAUCUACAUCGACAUUGUGGGCCUCACCCAGUUCAAGAAGACUUUGGGACCUUCCUGGGUCCACUACCAGUGCAUGCUACGGGUCCUGGACUCCUUUGGCACGGAGCCUGAGUUUAACCACGCCCACUAUGCCCAGUCUAAGGGUCACAAGACGCCGUGGGGAAAGUGGAACCUCAACCCGCAGCAGUUUAACACCAUGUUCCCUCACACACCAGACAACAGCUUCAUCGGUUUUGUGGUGGAGCAGCACCUAAACGCCAGCGACAUCAGACACAUCGACGACAUCAAGCGGCAAAACCAAUCCCUCGUCUACGGGAAGGUUGACAACUUCUGGAAGGACAAAAAGAAGUACCUGGACAUCAUCCACAGCUACAUGGAGGUUCACGGCACCGUGCACGGCACCAGCAACGUGCACCUGCCCAGCUACGUGAAGAACCACGGCAUCCUGAGCGGCCGGGACCUGCAGUUCCUGCUGCGGGAAACCAAGUUGUUUGUAGGCCUGUCCUUCCCUUACGAAGGCCCCGCCCCCUUGGAGGCCAUCGCCAACGGCUGCGCAUUCCUCAACCCCAAAUUCAACCCUCCGAAGAGCAGCAAGAACACGGACUUCUUCAAAGGCAAACCCACGCUGAGAGAGCUGACCUCCCAGCACCCGUACGCCGAGGUCUACAUCGGCCAGCCGCACGUCUGGACGGUGGACAUCGACAACCCCGCCGAGGUGGAGCGGGCCCUGCGCUCCAUCCUGAGCCAGAAGAUUGAGCCCUACCUGCCGUACGAGUUCACCUGUGAGGGGAUGCUGCAGAGGGUCAACGCCUUCAUCGAGAAGCAGGACUUCUGUCACGGUCAGGUCAUGUGGCCGCCCCUCAGCGCCCUCCAGGUGAAGCUGGCGGAGCCGGGCCAGUCGUGUAAGCAGGUGUGUCAGGAGCAGCAGCUCAUCUGCGAGCCGUCCUUCUUCCAGCACCUGAACAAGGACAAGGACCUGGACAGGUGGGGCGUGGCCUGCCAGACGGUGGAGUCCAGCGCCGACACGGUGGUCCCCGCCUACAGCGAGUCCCGCAAGCACUGCGUCCUGCAGUCGGACCUGCUGCUGUUCAGCUGCGCCGGCGCCCACCAGAGCCUGCGCCGCGUCUGCCCCUGCCGCGACUACAUGAAGGGCCAGGUGGCGCUCUGCAAGGACUGCCUAUAGCAGCGAUGAGCGGAGGGGGGGCGGAGCUCCGGACCGCUCCCGGUAUUUAUUCCGUCUGGAGAGGCUCUCCUGCAGCUGCACCUCCGUCACCAGCAGGGGGAGUCCAGGAGGCCUCGUGAAAUUACUUGAAUGGACAUAAAAAAAAAAGGGGGAAGCGGGGAAGUGAUAGACUGUAAAAACCCCAUGCCCCCCCCUCCCCCCUCAAACCCUUCUAUUCUGGAACUGUUAGGUAGGUCUGCACUGGACUCACCCCCCCCUCAACACAGACACACUGUAACUAUCAAACAUAUCUGUUCUGUCAUUCAUAUGGAAAGGUGGGGGCUCUUUUUGUUUUUUUUUCCCCCCCUGGUUGGGGGGGGGGGGGGGGGGGGGCGAUGAAGACGUUUGUCCUUAAAUUGAAGAGAGAUAAAAAUAAUCAGCUGUAAAUCUUUUUCCUGUGAUGAAAACGUUUUUCCAUGAAGGAAUUGUUCACCGGAAAACAAACAGAGGAGUUCAUGGAAAGAAUGCACUAAUAUAUUUGUUCAUAUGGGUUCUUUUUGUAUUUAUUUUAUAUAAAGAUCUUUAUCGCUGUGGUUUUUUUUGCUGGGAAUGCAUUUAUUUAUAGGGAGGGGUGUUAUUUUUUGUUUUUUUGGGUGGUUUUAUUUAAUUUAAGAUGAUUUUUUUUUUUCCUCGUCACACAAAUGAGCAAAAGGGGGAGGAGCUUUGAAUGAGAAAUUCCUCGUUUGCACCUGCAGGUCGUGCCUUUUUCUUUUUCUUUUCUUUCACAGCCGGCCUAAAAACAGCAGAGUAAUCAGAUUACUGCAGCGCCCCUCCUCCCCCCCACACACGCGUUACUUAUUUGCUUUGAUUUUCCGUGGAAGGCUGUACAGAACCAAGCGUCCAUGUCCCGCCUCGGCGCCGAAUGUCUACUGUAAGACGCAGAAGAUGUUUUGUCUUUUGCAGAACCCCCUUUUUCCUUUGCAGGCGCGAGGUCCUGUGUUCGAUUCCCGACCCGGCGGGAAGAAUCCCUUCGUUUUGGGAAUGGGCAGCAGGGCGGGGAAGUUUGUAGUGGCCGUCCUCCGGGAGUCAGAGGGACACGACUUUAUUUUUGAAUAAAUCUUUUUUCUGUGA